UUCCUUCUUUCUUUUUCUUUCUUUCUUUCUAAUUCUUUCUUUCUUUCUUUCUUUGCAGUUUCAGUUGCACAGGUGAUAGCUUCAACCUAAAAAAAAGUUGAACGCGACCGCAUCAGGCGUCACGAUGACGCAGCUCUCUUCAGACCAAACAAAGUGGCCUCUGUUACAGCAGGAUUCCCUUCUCACAAUGGAAAUCCUUCACCGCUCAAAGAGAGCAAUGGAAUCAGAUUAAACACAUCUCAAUCUACUGAAACGUUCCUGGAGCAUGAUGCAUGAAGAAACAGAUAUGGCGUCAUUGUUGAACAAUUAGCUACUAGUCCUGCAUCCCUCAGUUACAAUACAAACUAUUGAACCAGGUGGACUUUUCAUUUACUUUCAUUAUUUAUGAGCAAGUAUCAAGAAACUACAUCAAAAGAGUAUGGUCAUGGAUAAGAUCUUAAAUCAGUGAAUAAGACAUGCCAUUGCACUGCAGAAUGUUGCAACAGAGGAAUGUUUUUCCCUGUAAUUUUACCUCCCCUGUAAAUUAAUUAACUUUAAUUUUUAAUCAUGUUGUUCUAUUUUCCUUCAACUCUCAUACAGAACAUUGAGUUUUUGAUAAAAGCAAAAACAUAACCUCUGGUUUGAGUUUAAUGCACGCUGCUGGUGAUCCUCUAAACAAACAGGAGUAGCCUACAACGAAAGCCACUUUAUUAGUCCCAAUCAGUGAGAUAUGUUAUCUUGUGUGGGUGGUUUCUAUAUUGGAAAUGAUUUUACGCAACAGAAACUGUGCAGAAAAUUAAAAUAGCCCCGUACAUGCAAACGCGCAGAUGAGGUGCGCAAAUGAGCGCGCGGAAGAACGGUCCCUCUGUCCAGUGAAUAACUCACGUCAAAGCUUGACGCGUAUGACGUCACGCCCCAUUGGCACGUGGGCUGUGGCAUUCGGAGUUCUCAUAAACAAAGGCACAUUGCGCUUGAGUUCCAGUCUUCGAGUGCAGCCGAAGGAGUUAGGUGCGCACAAAAUAGGCUUUGCAUCACACGGAACAUCUAGCAACAGGAGCAGCUACAUGGAGACAUAAUUUUCACGUCUUCCGAAUAGCGAUUUGAGUAAAGCAAACUAACGGAGAGACACGCUCAGACAUCAACCCGUACACGAGCCCUGACUUCAGAGAUUGUUCCACGAGGGAUAAAAGUAGCAGGUGUGGAGCCAUGCCCUGCGUCCAGGCUCAGUAUGGGACAUCACCACCAGGAGCCAGCCCCGCAUCUCAGAGUUACAGCUACAACACCACGGGAGAGUACAACUGCGACUUCCUAACGCCAGAGUUUGUCAAGUUUAGCAUGGACCUGACUAACGCAGAAAUAUCUGUCACUUCUUCGCUCCCCAGUUUCAGUACGUUUGUGGACACCUACAGUUCCAGCUACGACGUAAAGCCUCCCUGCCUUUACCAAAUGUCCCACUCUGGGGAGCAGCUGUCCAUCAAAGUGGAGGAGAUACCCACACACGGCUACCAUCAGCAGCACCAUCAGGCGCACCAAGCCGAGGAGAGCAUACCCCAUAGCGGACCUUUAUACUAUAAACCGUCUUCCCCAAACAUCACCCCAUCACCUAGUUUCCCAGCUCCUCCACACCACACGUGGGACGAAAGCGCGUCCCUUCACAGUUUUCAUCAGAACUAUCUGGCGACGUCACAUAUGAUGGACCAGCAGCGUAAAAACGCGAUGUCUCGGUUGUUCUCGUUCAAGCAGCCUCCCGCUGACACACCGAUGUCAAGCUGCCAGAUGCGCUUCGACGGAUCUCUCCACGUGUCCAUGGACACCCCGGGUUCUCAUCGUGCGCUGGAGAGUUUUGCCGUUCCGGCACCUCCGAGGAAACAGCACGGUUUGGGUGUAACCCACUCGCUCAACGUCGGUCACGGGCACCCCUUACUGGAAAGCCCGGUGGCCUCACCUCAGGCUAGAGGAUCUCCAUCCAGUGAGGGUUUGUGCGCUGUGUGCGGGGACAACGCAGCCUGCCAGCACUACGGAGUGCGCACUUGUGAGGGAUGCAAAGGAUUCUUCAAGCGUACGGUGCAGAAAAACGCCAAAUAUGUUUGUCUGGCAAACAAAAACUGUCCUGUGGAUAAAAGACGCCGAAAUCGAUGCCAGUAUUGCCGGUUUCAAAAGUGCCUGGUGGUGGGGAUGGUAAAGGAAGUCGUGAGAACAGCCAGUUUAAAAGGUCGGAGGGGUCGCCUCCCAUCGAAACCAAAAAGCCCACAGGACAUCCCGGUCUCUUUGACACCUGUCAAUCUCCUGAACGCCCUAGUGAGAGCGCACAUAGACUCCAACCCCUCUAUGGCCCGACUGGACUACUCUAAAUUUCAGGCAAGCCCAGAGUAUCACAGUGGAGGAGAUGAAUCUCUGCACAUUCAGCAGUUCUACGAUCUUCUCACUGCUUCGAUGAGCAUCAUCAUUGGAUGGGCCGAGAAAAUCCCCGGUUUUACUGACCUGCCCAAAUGCGACCAGGAACUGCUUUUCGAGUCAGCCUUCCUUGAACUUUUUGUGCUGCGGUUGGCUUACAGAUCCAACCUGGCCGAGGAUAAGCUUAUUUUUUGCAAUGGAGUGGUUUUACACAAGUUGCAAUGCGUGCGAGGCUUUGGGGAGUGGAUCGACUCCAUCGUUGAGUUUUCUUCCAAUCUUCAGAGCAUGAACAUAGACGUCUCUGCCUUCUCCUGCAUGGCUGCUCUCGCCAUAGUAACAGAGAGACAUGGACUAAAAGAGCCUAAGAAGACAGAGGAACUUCAAAACAAGCUAGUAAACUGUCUGAAGGAUCAGGUGUCCUGCAGUGGUGAAUUGUCUAAACUGUUGGAGAAGCUGCCAGAGGUGCGCGCUCUGUGCACGCAGGGACUGCAGCGCAUCUUUUACUUGAAACUGGAGGAUUUGGUUCCCACGCCUGCGAUCAUUGACAAACUCUUUCACGAUACGUUACCGUUCUGAACAACCGGCUGAACUGCGGCAGGUCCAUACAACUUUAGCAUCCCUCGAUGUGGCAGACUUGAAGAAAGGAAUGGGUGCGAAACUGGUGGAUGGAGCUUAUUUCCCCAUGUUUGGAACUCGGCUGUCUGGGAACAAAGGUGAACAGUCCUCUUCAACAAAAUCUCGGAGGAAAUAAUAACCUUAGUUCAGAAUUGGCUAUUCAAAGUAUUGCGGAUUAAAAAAAGGACUAUUCAGUAAUGCCAGUUAAGAGUCAAAAUGCGAUGUGGUGGAAGUGUAUUUGUAUUGUUACGCGUCAAAGCUCGUUUAUGUUGAUACCGGCGAAAGCAUUUGAUAUAUAGGCUAACUUCAUACAUGAGGAAUACAAGAUGUAUCCUAAUGAUUUACGGGAGCAAAAGCAUUUCAACAACUAUAGAUUAGCUAUAACAUUUAGAGAUUGGGAGUACAACACAGCUGCACACACGAGGAUUUUGCAAUGUAUCUGCAACAUUUGUGGACAACAAACAUUGAUUUCAGAAUGGACACAACAUAUAGAGCACGUGUUUGUGUUUAUGAUUUUAAGUAGUAAACUGUUAUGAAGAUAUGAGUCGCUUUUUUACAGUUCCGAAAGUAUGCAUGGAAUUCGUUAUUAACUUUGUAUUAAUUUCAUAUUGAAAUAAUGUCCAUGAGGUUUACAUGCAACUGGUUUUCAGUUCCUAACAUUAUGCUAAUAUAUUUCAGACCAUUGUUUUUUAUGAUGUUAUGGUUUUUACUCUGCAUUCGGUGUUAACCUUCUCUCAUCUA